UAUAAGCUGCUGCCUUGAAGCUGGAGAAAAGACCACGAUGUGCUGCCUGACCACGCCCAUGCUGCUUCAGGCCCUGGCCCAGGCUGCCCGUGCAGGACAUCCUGGUAGCCGGAGCCUCCACAGCAGUGCAGUGGCAGCCACCUACAAGCAUGUGAACAUGCAGGAGCCCAAGAUGGACAUGAGGUCAGUGACUGACUGGGCAGCCCAGACCCUCCUGUGGACCGAGCUCCUCCGAGGCCUGGCCAUGACCCUGAGCUACCUGUUCCGGGAGCCGGCUACCAUCAACUAUCCGUUCGAGAAGGGCCCACUGAGCCCUCACUUCCGUGGGGAGUAUGCCCUGCGCCAUUACCCAUAUGGGGAGGAGCGCUGCAUUGCCUGCAACCUCUGCGAGGCCAUCUGCCCUGCCCAGGCCAUCAGCAUCGAGGCUGAGCCGAGAGCUGAUGGCAGCCGCCGGACCACUCGCUAUGACAUCGACAUGAUCAAGUGCAUCUACUGUGGCUUCUGCCAGGAGGCCUGCCCCGUGGAUGCCAUAGUCGAGGCACGUGCGGCCCAGGGUGGGAGGAGUGGAGGAUCUUUGGCGGGCCCUGACCACCACCCCUGCACCCCCACCUGCAGGGCCCCAACUUCUAGUUCUCCACAGAGACAUACAAGGAGCUGCUGUACAACAAGGAGAAGCUGCUCAACAACAGGGACAAGUGGGAGGCGGAGAUCUCCGCCAACAUCCAGGCUGACUACCUGUACCGCUGACACCCGCCCUCUGCUCAAUAAAACUGUUCUCACCUUGCCACCUCCUAUCUUGACUGGUGGGCCAAGGUGGGCCCAUCCCCAGCCUGCCUCAGGCCUGUGGCACCUCCAGCUGGAGCAGGUCGCCACCAGCUCCCUGCUCUCUGGGGUCCUGCUGCCCGGCCCUGCCUUCCUGUGGACUCCAGGGCCCUACCAGGCCCUCAUGACAGCAUCCCUGUCACCCUGCCUCUUCCCUGGCAUCUUCCCCAAGGUCCAGCAAUGCCAGAGGUCACCACAGACCUUCUGUUCCCACUGUCCUGGGUGUCCCAGCUGGAGCCUGGGCCUCCUGUCUCCUGAGAGCCACCCACUUCUAAGACCCUUAAGACCUGGAGCCUCCCAAGGCCUUAGGCUGAGGGACAGCAAGUAGCAGAAACUCAGGCCA